AUGUAUACCUUCAAGUCAUACAUCGCUGAAGGCCUAUGCAAAAGUGGAAAGAGUCUGGAGCGCAAGAAAGGUCGUCCCUGUUCCACAAUUGCUGUGAAUGAAGUUGCAGUUUACAGUCUGCAGGCUCCAGAGCCAAGGAACAGAGCUGAGUUUUUAAAAUUUUACUGUCAGCCCACACUGGACCCCAACACAGCAUAUACAGUGCUCUGUCUGUCUGAAGGGAACAGAAAGGUGACACGGGUGGGUGAGAUCCAGCCAUAUCCUGAUCGCCCAGAGAGAUUUGACACCUAUUCCCAAGUGCUUUGCAAAGAGGGUUUGUCUGGGACUCGCCGUUACUGGGAGAUUGAGUGGAGUGGGGAUGGGGCUGAUAUAGGUGUCACAUAUAAAGGAAUCAGCAGGAAAGGAGAGAGUUGUUCCUGUAUCCUUGGAUCCAAUGACAAGUCCUGGAGUUUGGAAAGCUCUGGUUCUAGAUACUCUGCCUGGCACAAUGAAAUUGGAACUGAAAUAACUGCCCCCCACUCCUCCAAAAUAGGAGUGUAUCUUGACUUUAAUGCUGGUACUCUGUCAUUUUAUAGCGUCUCUGACACAAUGACCCUCCUGCACAGAUUCCAAACCACAUUCACUGAGCCGCUAUAUCCUGGGUUUUAUGUUUGUCUAAAUUCCACUGUAACAUUCUGCUAA